AUAUAUCGCUGUUAAACGCGCGAUAUAUCGUGUUGGGGAGCCGUGUCGUCACCGUGUCGUCUGCAUUAAUUAAACGCGUUUUAAACAAUAAGCCAGUCGUUCAGUCAGGGCAAUUGCACAGGUUCUCGCACAAGCGCAAGCAGCAACAGCAAUACACACUAAAAUGGCCGCUUCAAUGAGAGCGUUACUCAAAGUGCGAGAUGGCUUCGUUACGGGCGUUCGCUGUGGCUCGCAGUACAACAAGACGCGUGGAAACCUGAAGCUGAAUGGUGAUUCCCGUGUGAUCUGUCAGGGCUUCACCGGCAAACAGGGCACGUUCCACAGCCAGCAGGCGUUGGAGUAUGGCACCAAAUUGGUCGGCGGCAUUUCACCCAAGAAGGGCGGCACUCAGCAUUUGGGUCUGCCCGUUUUUGCCUCUGUGGCCGAUGCGAAGAAGGCAACGGAUCCGCAUGCCACUGUUAUCUAUGUGCCACCGCCUGGUGCCGCUGCUGCCAUUAUGGAGGCAUUAGAUGCCGAAAUUCCAUUGAUUGUGUGCAUUACGGAGGGUGUGCCCCAGCACGAUAUGGUCAAGGUGAAGCAUGCCCUAAUCUCCCAGGACAAAUCGCGUCUCGUCGGUCCCAAUUGCCCCGGCAUCAUUGCACCCGAACAGUGCAAAAUCGGCAUUAUGCCCGGCCAUAUACACAAGAGGGGCAAGAUUGGAGUCGUGUCCCGAUCGGGCACCCUCACCUAUGAGGCGGUGCACCAGACCACCGAGGUGGGCCUGGGCCAGACGCUGUGCGUGGGCAUUGGUGGUGAUCCGUUCAACGGCACAGAUUUCAUCGAUUGCCUGGAGGUGUUCCUCAAGGAUCCCGAAACCAAGGGCAUCAUUCUGAUUGGUGAGAUCGGUGGUGUCGCUGAGGAGAAAGCUGCCGACUACUUGACUGAGUUCAAUACGGGCAUCAAGGCCAAGCCUGUGGUGUCGUUUAUUGCUGGCGUUUCGGCGCCACCUGGUCGUCGCAUGGGUCACGCCGGUGCCAUCAUCUCGGGUGGCAAGGGCGGUGCCAAUGAUAAGAUUGCCGCACUGGAGAAGGCCGGCGUCAUUGUGACCAGAAGUCCUGCCAAAAUGGGUUACGAGCUGUUCAAGGAGAUGACGCGCCUGGAGUUAGUUUAGAUUAGAAUUCAAUCCAAUCCAAUCCAAUUGAAGAAGAAGAAGACCGCAACACUGUCGAGUUAAUAUCACAAGUACGACUCAAAUGAAUAAUAAUUGUAUGCGACGCAAGAAAGAUUACUAAAUGAUUAAGUAAAAAGUGAAAAGAGAACCUAAAUGAAUUAUGUCGAAAUCCUAAAUAAAUUAUUGUGAAAGUUAUUCGCUAUUGUGAACGAGAAA